AUGGUAACGCGCCGUUUACUCUCUAGUGCCGAGGCGCCGGGCCUAGCCCCAGUCCCCGCCGGUGACUGCCAAUGGAGCAGGUGGUGUGCGACGAGAGGUUGACCAGCAAGUUGGCUCCUCUGUGGGAUGGCAUCCGUCGCGGCGAAAGAGAAACGGCCGACGGCAGUAGGACUGGGACUGGCUCAGGCUCAGGUGGAGCGGGAGAGCGGGGCGAGUGUGAAGUCGAAGAGACAGGGAAGUCUCCGCAGCCGCAGCCGCAGCCGCAGCAGGAGAUCUGUGUUUGCGAGGAGGAUGGCGACGGGCAAGUUCCGACGGAGGCCAGGGAUGAUCCUGCACCGGAGAGCAACAAGGAUCGCAUUAAAAACAAAUGCCUACUUGGGAACUGGCUGGAAGAGCGAAUGUCAGCUCCUAUAGAUCAGCAGGACGCUAAGGUCACAAAUGCUUUAACUUUCAAGAAUGGGCAUAAAGGUCUACUUAGUAUUGAUUACUGGUCAAAAAUGUCGGACGUAACUACGUAUAGAGAAUAUUAUACUCCUCCCAGGGGACCAAUAGAACGGGAAAGAGGAAUCAAGAAAGAACUCAUUGAAAAGUACUUGCAUAGCAAGAUAUGCAAGGAAGUAUAUGAUGAACAUGAAGCGAUCUUUGAGAUGAAACCGAUGGAAGCGCUGUCUGUAACACAAACAGACUUCAAAAUGGAAGGCUUUAAGUCUGUUCCAUAUCCUCCUGUUAUGCGUCAUGAUUAUAAAACUGAACAACCUAUUACAAUCUGGUCGGACAAUGUUAAGCAAGUACAGGGUGUCACUGAAAUGAAGACCGGUAAUGCUCCAUUUAGAAAAAAUACUUCAUUUACCAAACCAAUAAUGGAAUCAUUGGAUACUUAACAAUAGGCUCCCAGCCAUAGAAAUUAAUCAUUUAUAGAAGUUGGAUAUACUGCAUGUAUUUUACUUUGUUAUCCUUCAGAACUUUCGUACUGAUUUAAGGGAGAAUUUGGAUCAUUCAUUUAUUAUCAGUUUCCAAAAAUUAUAUAAAUAAAAAUAAAAUUAGUAAUCACAUUAUAAGAGAUGGGGAAAUAUUUUUUUGUAUCAUGCACUGAAGAAUCUCAAUGCUGUCUGCCCAGUGAAUUACAUAACAGUAUAUUCCAGCCAACAGUUUGUACCCAUUAAAGAUACAAUAUACAAUACAAUACCAUUAUUUGUCAUUUGAACCUCACAUGAGGUUCAAACUAAAUUUGGCUUCUGCAGCCGUACAAGAAAAGAACCAAGACACACACCAACACAAUUUACACAAACAUCCAUCACAGUGAAUCUCUCCUCACUGUGAUGGAAGGCAAAGUCUUGUCUCUCCCCUGCUCUCCAUUCCUCUCCCGAUGUCAAAGUCAAAGUCAAAGCCCCCGGCGGGCGCUAGCAAGUCCACGGCCCUUUAAAGCCGCGCUGGGCGAUGUAAGGCCCUGCUCCGGGUAUUGAUGUUCGAUUGGCUAGAGCAUUAUACACCAUCACCUUAUGAUCUUCUGCCAAUUGAUUUUCAUAUUAUCCUAUUGGUAUUGCAUUUUAUAAAAUGUUGGCUGUGUGAUUUUAAAAUAUUGUACAAUGUAUUAGAACAAAUAGACCAGAAAACUGAUGAUAGAAAUAAAAAAAAUGAUGGAAAC